CAACAGAUAGACGCUGCUGUCCAACCUCUAACAACUGAAAUGAGCAAACUAACGCUAAGUGUUUACGAAGGAUUUGUAAGUUGCAGAUGGAGGCUUCCUCACGGGGUGGAGAUGGCAGAGGAGGACUAUGGAACAAGCCCAGAGGUGCCCAGUACAGCAAGGAGACCCAGGAUAUGCUGAGAUUAAUGAUGCAGGAAACAAGACUCACCAACCUCCAGAGAAAACAAAUCAACGAAUGCCUCAAGAACGGAGCAGCUUUACCACUGACCUCUGACCCCACAUCAUCAGCCCCCCCCCCUCAGCCUAAAACGAGUACAUUUGUCCAGAAACGUCUGCCAGGCAAGCCUCAGAGACGCAGCGCAGAAUCCUGUCGCUCUGAAAACAGUUACGUCAGAGAAAAGUUCCAUCCUGGUCCUUCAAGAGACUUAGAGAAAGAGAAGAGGAGGCUUCAGAAUAUUUUGGCAACGGGAGAAGAAGAGGCCACAGCUGCAUCUUCCCAAAAUGUUCCUGCAUGUCGGAACCGAGAAGUAGCGGAGCAGAGAGACCGGUAUCAGGAAGUUCUGGAUGAGAUCGAGGAGAGAAGACAGUUUCUGUCAGAAAUGUUGUCUCUGGGUCAGGAGAAGCAGUACAUCAACAUCAUCAACACAGAAAUAUCCCAGAGGAUUCGAGAACUGCAGGUGUUGGACAAGGCUCGCAGUCCCAAGAAGGAUGCAAAGACAUCCGAGAGGACCGCAGAGCAGAAAACAAAGAUGGAGUUGAAAGAGACGAGAGAGAAGACUGCCCGUUACUGAACAUUUGGAAAUUACUUGCUGACCGGCUGCACUGGAUCAAUAAGCUGCAUCAGCCUGUGAACGCAUUACAUUUACAAGAAACAUGAACAACUUGCAUUAAGUUAUUUUAUUCCUCUGCCUUCCAGUGUCAGUAUUUGUUUAUAAUCCUGCUGCUGUUUUAGAACAUCUAGCUGACAGAAAUGUGGCGCUACAGAAGCCCUUGGUUUCAGCUGGACAGGAAGACAGGCACAGAGCAGAAACACAGACACGACGCACAUUCCAUUUAAAAUGGAGGACAAAUAGACUAACUGACAAACACGGCGAGUAAACAUACUGACAUUUACAUUAGCUCAAACAAAUGACGCUCAUCCACAUAAGCAAUUAAAUAAAUGGCACACGUACAAACAAUAACACAUUAUUUUCCUAUUCAC